AGCACAGCCUUUUACUUCCAUAGGGUGGCGGAGCAGAACGCAAAACCCUAAUUAAAACCCAUAGCCGAAUCCACAUUUCUCAACUCACAUAGCUCUCUUUUCUCUACUUCUCUUUGUUUCAUUAUCUUUUGUUCAGAGAAGGUAAGCAAUGGCGGUCCCUUUACUCGAUAAGAAAAUCAUCAAGAAAAGGGUCAAGAAAUUCAAGAGGCCUCAGAGUGAUCGCUUUGUUUCUGUAAAGACAAACUGGCGUAGACCCAAGGGUAUUGAUUCUCGGGUCAGAAGAAAGUUCAAGGGAUCCACCUUGAUGCCCAACAUUGGAUAUGGGUCUGACAAGAAAACUCGUCACUAUCUUCCAAAUGGUUUCAAGAAGUUUCUUGUGCACAAUGUCAAGGAGCUUGAGCUUUUAAUGAUGCACAACAGGAAAUACUGUGCAGAAAUUGCUCAUGACGUCUCUACAAGAAAAAGAAAGGAAAUUGUGGAGCGAGCUGCUCAGCUUGACAUUGUUGUCACGAACAAGCUUGCCCGACUGCGCAGCCAGGAGGAUGAAUAAGCCCUUGGAUGUAGGGAUUUCUGCAUGCUGAUGCAGUGCUAAUUCCUGCAAUGCAGUCUUAUCUAUACUUCUAAAGAUGUUAAUACAAGACCAAUUUUGCCUAAAUUUUAUGAGUAUGUACGCGUUAAUGAGAAAGCAACUAUCAUGAUUGUUAUUGUAACUCGUUGGCCUUGAUGCCAUAUGAAGUUGUGAGAUAGAAAGGGAUGGAUGUGCUUUUGCUAUGCUGGGGGGUGGGGGGG